AUGGAACGUUUUAUUGCAACGAAUGCACUUGUUUGGCAAAAGCUGGCAGUGAAAGUGCAUAGAGAUAUCACUCCGGACGAAAUUCAGGCAGCCCUGCGGAGUGGCGCUACCUUUCUUUACAUUCAAUGCGGUUUAUAUACAACCCAGGAAGCCAUGGUUCUGUUAGAUCGUUGUAACGAAAUCAUUAAAAGGAAUGCCGAAGAGUAUCGGCCGUGGACAGUGAUCACUGGAAUUAUGUGUGAACUGAGCGGUCCCUAUCCACGAGUGCAGUUUUUCUCCAGCGGAAUAUCACAAGUCCGACUAAUCGAAAAGCAACUAAUAACGCUUACGGCCGAUGUAAGAUAUGAACAUCAGUGUUUUGAUGAGGUUAAGUAUGUAACGAAUUUCGACCGGCUAAAUCGCUCCAGUGUUGGUGAUGUGUUAUCGAUUGAUUCAGUGAAACUCACGGUGGAAAGAAUUGUAUCCGGGUUUGUUACGUGCAAAGUAACGCAAGCCGGAUCUAUUAACCGUUUCAGCAUUGUCACAGUGGGCUGUGAGGAUACCUCAAAAGACGAACAAAUGGAAUUGGACAUGUCAUCGACACUGGAGGAACUGGAACGUGUUGUGGAUAAAGGAUGUAAAUUUAUAAUCAUGCCAAAAGUAGAAUCUAAAUCAUUGCACACAUUUUUCGAAUCAAUUCAGUGCAAAGAACAAAUCGCACGAAGUAUUCAAAUGAUAGUGCACGUUGAUUGUUUUCCUCCAUUCAGCGCGUUUAGUGAUGUGGACCAGUGCAUUGAUGCCUUCGUAACGAAAACUGUUGAUAUAUUGAAACAAAAAAAGUCCAUAGGUAAAGCGGUUCUGUACGAUUUGGAUACCGAAGGAAUGGUGCCGGAAACAAUUGAAGAGGCUGAUGUGAUCAUAACAAGUGUUUGUGAUCUCACAAAAGUACAAACCCACUUGAAACAGGUUAAUCAAAUUCAGCUUACAACACACCAACAGUCAAACAGAACGUUAGCCCCAGAAGAUGCAGCAAUGGCUACAUGCUUGAGUUUCUCCGCCCAUGAAGCGAAUGCCAGCGCCAUCAUUUUGCCUUUGGAGAAAGAUGGCCCAAAACUAGCCAUAGACAUCUCUUUGACAAACCCGCUUUGCGUCGUACUACUUCUCAGACCGUCCGAUGAAGAAGUUCAGCGUAUUUUGCUACGAAAGUACCUGGUGCCUGUUAUCGUACCGGCAGUACCUAAUGCGUCACAACAGAAGCUCAUACGACAUGCGAUUGCUUACGGAAGGCGCUUUGGGUAUCUGCACGGUGGAAAUUGUAUUGUAUCAGGAUGCACAGUCGAUUCUGACACAGAUGUACUCGGAUUGGAAAUGCGUUAUGUACCACUGGUUGCUCAUCGAAACGGACCGUAA